CCGCUCCCGAGGCCGCUGACGAGGCGACGCCGCCGGGGCCGGGGCUGGGCCAGGGCCUGCGCUGCUGCCCAGCGCCCGCAGGCCCGAGCAUCGAGGCGAGCCGGGCCGGGGCGGCCAUGGUGAACACCCGGAAGAGCGCUCUGCGCCUCCUGGGCGGGAAGGCGGCCGGGCCCGGGGCCGGCGGGGCCGGCGGGGGGGCCGGCGGGGCAGCCGGGUCCGGAGGCGGUCACUUCAUCUCGUCCCGCACGCGCUCCUCCAAAAGCCGCGCGGUCGGGGCCAAGGCGGGCCCGGGGACAGCGGCGGGAGCAGGAGGCGGGGACUUGGAAGACAGCCGGAACAUUGACGCUGAUGGCAGCUUGAGUGACAGUCACAUCUCCCCGCCAGCCAAGCGCACUCUGAAGCUCGCUGAUGCUCUCUGCAAGGAUAAAUCUAAGCCGCGAAGUCCUGGCCAGCGGGAGGAAUGGAGCCUCGCACCUGGCCAGUCCAGGUUAACUUCUCAGCCUGGUGCUACGUUACCAAACGGACAUAGUAGCUUGUCUCUUCGAAGCCACCCCCUCCGAGGGGAAAAGAAGGGAGAUGGGGACCGCCCGUGUAUGAAUGGGGAUAUGGAAGUCAGGAAAAGCUGUCGAUCCAGGAAAAACAGAUUCGAAAGUGUGAAUCAGAGCUUGCUGUUUGAUCAGCUUGUCAACAGCACCGCGGAGGCCGUCCUGCAGGAAAUGGACAACAUCAACAUCCGGAGGAACAGGCGCUCUGGCGAGGUGGAGAGGCUUCGGAUGUGGACUGACACAGAGUUUGAAAACAUGGACAUGUAUUCAAGAGUGAAGAGGCGAAGGAAGUCCCUGAGAAGAAACAGUUAUGGCAUCCAGAACCACCAUGAGGUGUCCACUGAGGGUGAAGAAGAAGAGUCUCAAGAGGAGGAUGGCGACAUUGAAGUGGAGGAGGCCGAAGGCGAGGAGAAUGAUCGCCCCUAUAACCUGAGGCAGAGGAAGACCGUGGAGAGAUACCAGGCCCCACCCAUAGUGCCAGUUCAUCAGAAAAAGAGGGAAAACGCCCUGUUUGACAUCCACAGAUCUCCUGCCAGAAGGAGCCAUAUCAGGAGAAAGAAGCAUGCCAUCCACAGCAGUGACACAACGUCCUCUGAUGAGGAGCGCUUCGAGAGAAGGAAGUCGAAGAGCAUGGCCAGGGCCAGGAGCAGGUGUUUGCCAAUGAACUUUAGAGCAGAAGAUUUAGCCAGUGGGAUUCUUCGAGAACGCGUCAAAGUUGGUGCCAGCUUGGCAGAUGUUGACCCAAUGAUACUUGACAAAUCGGUGCGUUUCGAUAGUAUCGGAGGAUUGAGCCAUCACAUUCAUGCACUAAAAGAAAUGGUCGUGUUUCCACUUCUGUAUCCUGAAAUUUUUGAAAAAUUCAAAAUUCAACCUCCCAGGGGCUGCUUGUUUUAUGGGCCCCCAGGCACUGGUAAGACCUUGGUCGCCAGAGCACUGGCCAAUGAGUGCAGCCAGGGAGACAAGAAGGUGGCUUUCUUCAUGCGCAAAGGAGCCGACUGUCUGAGCAAGUGGGUUGGGGAAUCUGAGCGGCAGCUUCGACUGCUUUUUGACCAGGCCUACCUGAUGAGACCCUCGAUAAUAUUUUUUGAUGAGAUUGAUGGCUUGGCUCCAGUUCGGUCUAGCAGACAAGACCAGAUUCACAGCUCCAUCGUGUCGACCCUCCUCGCGCUCAUGGACGGCCUGGAUAACCGGGGGGAAAUUGUUGUUAUCGGUGCUACCAACAGACUGGACUCCAUCGAUCCCGCACUCAGGAGACCUGGCCGCUUUGACCGGGAAUUUCUUUUUAACCUGCCGGAUCAAAAGGCCCGGAAGCACAUUUUGCAGAUCCACACCCGGGACUGGAGCCCCAGACUGUCGGACCUCUUCCUUGGCGAACUGGCUGAGAAAUGUGUUGGCUACUGCGGCGCGGACAUCAAGGCCCUGUGCACGGAGGCUGCCCUGCUUGCCCUGCGCAGGCGCUACCCGCAGAUCUACGCCAGCAGCCACAAGCUGCAGCUGGACGUGUCCUCCAUCGUGCUCAGUGCACAGGACUUCCACCACGCCAUGCAGAACAUCGUGCCUGCCUCCCAGCGUGCUGUCGCCUCCUCUGGCCAUGCCCUGUCGCCCAUCAUCAGGCCUCUUCUGGAGAGGAGCUUCAACCACAUCCUCUCUGUUCUGCAGAGAGUGUUUCCUCAUGCCGAGACCAGCCAGGGGGACAGGCGAGAAGAUGUGCAGAGCCUCCUUUUAGAAGACAGUGACGAUGAGAACACCUUGUCGAUAUUCGAGACCGGCUGUCCCUCCGGAUCACCAAAGAAACUGUCCCCAACUGCUGCCCACAAGCCCUACCUGCAUUUCAGCACGUCAGCUUCUCAGCAGCCCACGUCGUACCGGCCUCGCCUGCUGCUGUCUGGAGAGAGGGGGUCGGGGCAAACUUCUCACCUGGCUCCUGCCCUGCUGCACACUCUGGAAAAGUUCUCUGUGCACAGACUUGACCUCCCUGCGCUUUAUUCUGUCAGUGCCAAAACACCUGAGGAGUCAUGUGCCCAGAUAUUCCGUGAAGCUCGGAGAUCAGUACCAAGCAUUGUUUACAUGCCUCAUAUCGGUGACUGGUGGGAAGCUGUCAGCGAGACUGUGAGAGCGACGUUUCUGACCCUACUGCAGGACAUACCGUCCUUCUCCCCUAUAUUUCUCCUGUCUACCUCUGAGACCAUGUACAGCGAACUGCCUGAGGAGGUUAAAUGUAUAUUUAGAAUCCAGUAUGAAGAGGUCUUAUAUAUUCAAAGGCCCAUUGAAGAAGACAGACUCAAAUUUUUCCAGGAGUUGAUUCUCAAUCAGGCGUCGAUGCCUCCACCAAGAAGGAAAAAAGCUGCUCUGUAUGCUAUGGAGGUGCUGCCUCUGGCACUGCCUUCUCCAUCCCGCCAGUUGUCGGAAUCGGAGAAAACCCGCAUGGAGGACCAGGAGGAGAACACUUUGCGGGAGCUGCGGCUGUUUCUCAGGGACGUGACCAAGAGGCUGGCCACAGACAAGCGCUUUAGCAUCUUCAGCAAACCGGUGGAUAUUGAAGAGGUGUCUGAUUAUCUGGAGGUGAUCAAGGAGCCCAUGGACUUAUCCACUGUCAUUACCAGGAUUGAUAAACAUAACUAUUUAACUGCUAAAGAUUUCCUGAAUGACAUCGAUCUCAUCUGCAACAACGCUUUAGAGUAUAACCCAGACAAAGACCCUGGAGACAAGAUCAUCAGGCACAGGGCAUGCACCUUGAAGGACACUGCCCAUGCCAUCAUCGCUGCUGAGCUGGACCCGGAGUUCAACAAACUUUGUGAAGAGAUCAAGGAAUCCAGAAGGAAAAGAGGCUUACCGGUGACCGCAGAACAAAUCAGUCCCCCUGGAUCCGUGGCGCGCAGGACAGAAACGAGAACGGAGGAGGCAUUCCGCAGUAAGCAGAGACAUCCUCUAGAUGUCUGGCACCACCCUGCAAACAAAUGUGCCUUUCGGGUCCGGAGGAAGUCGAGGCGGCGCUCCCAGUGGGGGAAGGGAAUCAUCAAGAAGAGGAAGGCCAACAACUUGAAGAAAGACGAGGAUGACGGCAAGUUUGCUGACUACGACGGUGCCGUGGCGGGCAGGAAGCCACUUGAGAACGGCGAGUUUGAGGUUAGCCCGGACUGCCCCGAGGAGAACGGAGAGGAGACCGGGGACUUGUCCAUGACCAACGACGAAUCGUCUUGUGACGUCAUGGACCUGGAGCCAGAGCCACGGCUCGACAACGGCCCCCGUGCCUCCACCGAGGAGGAGAGCUCCAACGAGUCCCUGCUGGCCAACAGCAGUGGCCCGUCGCUAAAGCCAGAGCUGGAGCCCAAGGAGGAACCCCUCCCCAACGGCGAGGCUGCCCUCGACGGCCCAGCUGGGGUCGCUGCCCCCAAGGCUCCUCUGGAGCAGCCGUCGGAAGAAAAAGCAGAGACUUCGCAGGAGAAUCCCGGAGGGGACAACUUUGCUGAGAAGCAACUUGGUCCCGAGGCCCCCCCAAGCCUCAGUGACGAGCUGGCUGAGCACAGCCUGGACCUCGAGGGGAAAGAGUCGGAGCCCGAUAAAGAAGGUGCUGCUCGCGGCAAGAGAUGCCGUAAGUUAGUCUUGGAGCCGUCCCGCAUGGCUGGCCUGGACCUGGUGCCGGAGGAGCCUAUGGAGCCCAUCCCUCCCCUGGUCGUGGACCACGAGCGGCUGCAGAAACUGCUGGAUCUGCUGGUCAAGAGAAGCGACAACUUGGCCGUGGAUCAGCUGGAGAGGCUGUACUCACUGCUCAGUCAGUGCAUCUACCGACAUCGCAAAGACUAUGACAAGUCCCGCCUCGUGGAGGAGAUGGAAAGAACCGUCCGUCUGUUUGAGACGUUCCUCUGAGCGCUCUGCCCUGCUCUGCUCUGCUCCUUCUCCACGCUGCUCGCGAGGACGGACGGGUGGGUGGGCGGGCACGCGCAGCCUUCUCUGAGCCAUUCACUUCGUGAUCGCACCAGGCCUGGGUGGAGCCGCGCUCCCCUCGUUCCCUCUGUUGCGUUUGGUGCUAUUGUCUCAGGUACCUGAAACCAGCCAGCCUACAAGAACCAAACCGAACUUCAGGCACAUGUUGUAUUUCCACAAAGACACAACGUCACCGGUGGAGAUUUUGGUGCUACAGAAAUCGUCCCCCCUGCCUGGCCCGGUGGGGGGCGGGGCCGUUCUGGGAAUGGCGGGCAGCCAUGGGUCUCGUCUCCCCUUCCCUUUCUUUCUCUCAUUCGUGUUGGCUGCGGUGUGUUCUGGUGGGAUGCUGGGGAAGCAGGAGGCUCUCUUGGAUUGCUUUUAACGUGCCUUUUAAUUCAUUGGAGGAAGAUAAGGCUACAGAUGGGGGGUUUGUAGCAGAUUCCCGGGAGAGCUUUGCGGGAAGGGGGCAGGGGAGGAAGCCGGUGCUGAAGCAGGUAUGCAGAAAGCCACCUGACUGACCAGAACGGUGACCACUCUUUCCUGUAGUCCGGUCUCUCUCUUUUAGAAAUGUCCCAUUGGGAAAACAAAACACCCCUUUUCUGCAUUCGUUGCUGACCAGAUGACCAGAACAUAAUCAGCUUGGGCCUCCCUCUGUUCUCUCCGUGAUGUCUUUAUCAAUUGUCCAAGAUGAGUGAAUUCAACCCCCCCUUUUUUGAAGCCAGGACUUGCCAGGUGGACAGAGAAAAGAGGAAAUUGGUCAGCAGGAUGUCUCGUGUGUAUCAUCCGUGUCCUUUCCUCCCUCCCGUUUUUCUGUACGUCGCCCAUUGCACGGAAGCUCUCACGGCACAGUCCAGGCACAAACAGUAUUAAUCAGAAAUCGAUUCUCCCAUUUUUUCCCCUGUGUCCCAUCCCUCUUCCCUCCCCCCCCCAAAAUGUAAUUGAUUCGGGCUGGUUUUAGAUCUAUCUCAUUCACAAAUCUGUAUGGAUUGUGGGUCAGGAGCCCAAAAAACUCAUCUAGAAAUUGGACACGCUCCAGGCCCUCCCCUACAGGCAGGCACCCCGCCACCUGGUUCUCCGACGAGGCGCCCAGGGUACCUCCUUCUUCAUCAGCGUCCUUCCCCCCACGGGUGCAUCUUUCCCAUAUAUGCAACACACGGCGUGUUUGGGCUUCAUUCUCGCAGUCUGGGACUUCAGCGGAGGCGUGGGGCCACCUCAGCUUUUUGUAUCUGACAACCACUAGUGUUUACAGAGCCCUGUAACCCCCGACCACGUGGCCGUGGCUGUUGGCGCCCCCGGGAGCCCAGUCUGAGGUCCUCACUCCUCCGCCGUUGGUCCCGCUGCACGGGUGCUCGGAGAGUUCCGGGCGGCUCAUUUGCACCUGGUUUUCCCCUUUUGCAAUGCCACUUGUUUCCUUACUCCCUGUUCUAAGAGACUCUCAGACUUUGUAGCAUUCAUCACUCGAGAUGCGUCCUGUGUCCAAGCACUGUAUGUAUUUUGUAGGUGGGCAAGUGCGAUUAGAAAUCAGACCUUUGGAGGGGGCUCGGGGGCAGCUCCCGUGGGAUUCCCAGGAGGAUCUUCAUGCUUUCUUUAGUAUUUAUUACCAUCAUACCGUUUCCAAACAUUUUACUGUCUAAUACAUUAACAUUUUGUACUUUGAUGAAAAUUGUUACAGACUUUGAAGCUUUGAUGAAAUAAAAUGUAGCAGAUUUUUGUAGCAAGUUUCUGGUAAAAGGGUUUUUGGCAAGUCUCAGGUUCUUGCUGCAGUAUUUUUUUUAACCUUGAUUCCUGUUUCACUAAUUCAGAAGCAUUCUGUUCAAGUAACGGCCAAGCUUGUGAACGGCAGAACUUGCAGGCUUUCAAUGAGUUCCUCAGUUUAUAUGGACCAGAUUCUAGCCAUCAGUGAGUUUGACGGAGAGGAUUUUAGGAUGCUUCCGAAAGAUCAAGUUGCUUUGUUUUUUGUUUUCACCUUAAUCUAACUCUUAGAUGUGGGUGGAAAAAUGGGAGCAAGGACAGUGGGAUGGGACCUGCUAGCCUGGAGCAGAUGCGGUCUUUGUCAGAAGCCCCGCCGCACGGUGGGUUUCCGUCACAGAUAGCGAAUAGUUCCAUCAUGAAAAGCAGCUGGCAGAGUUCGCCAGGCGUGCCCACUGUGGCUUACUCACGUGAGCGUGGUCUUCGCUGCAUAGUGUCUGGCAAAGACUUUGUGCACAUUGACCUCUGCUCUUGCUUCCUCUUGUGAAAAUUGCAAACGAUCAGCACGCUGUUGGGUCUGUCCAGUGUGCGGUCCCUCCUGGUGGCCAGGGAUCUCACCUGGCGUUAAUUUGGGUUGGUGCGUCCUUUGUAUGUUACUUGAUUUUUUUUUCUCAUAUGCCAAUGUAUUUAUAGGUUUACUGGGUUUCUUUGAGGGGUGGGGGGGGUGGGUUGUGGUAAUACCUUGUCUUCCCAUUCCUUGAUUAAGUUUUUGGUGAAUCAGCCGUAGAACCAUCCAGCUGGUAUCUUCAGUGUCGAGUUCUGUAGCUGGAUACUGUUGUCAUCAUUAUAAGUAUAAUUAUUCUUUGUAAUCACAAAGUAAGCUUGAAUUUGGGCUUGUACUUGCAUCUUUUGUAUUUUAUACGUUUGGUUAUUUAGGCUUUGGGCGUCCUGUUGUUUGGUUUCAUUCCUGUUAGUCUGCUUGGAGACUUGAGUAGACGUCAUCCGUGAUGGUCUCUUUUGGAUUCUGUAGCUCGAUUUGGAAUUGUGUUAAAUUGAUGUUUUGCAUUUUGACUUCAUUUUACAUUAGUUUGGAGUAAAUUAUUUAAUUUUUUGAACUUCUGGAAUUUUGAACAUUUACUGUAAUUUGUAAUAUACCUGCUGUGAAAUACUUGAAUAAAGAGGACAAGAAAAACA